UCGUCUGCUCUUGCCGUAGAACGCGUCGACUGCUACGUAUGACGCCUAGUGUUUUCAAGUCGUCUGCUUCAGCGCUAGGGAUAUUAGCUUCUUACAUCUGUCAUAUUACAUAGCAUGCGAUGCGUAUCUCUUUAUCAUUACAGUAAUAUAACGUAUAAUUAUAAAAUCAAAGAAUAUACAUCCGCUAUAUUCUAUGACAGUGAGAAUACUUUUUUAAACAACUGUUUUUCUCACAAUACUUCUUGCUUUUUUUUAUUAAAAAAAUGUGUAAUCAAAUAUCGGUUAAUAUUUUGUUUUAAUUCAUUCGACAUCAAAGAGAUUUUAAUAUUCAUGUGCUGUAUGCAUCACUACCUUCGAAUACAUAUAACGUUUAUUAUAAAAAGUAAGCUCUGUAUUUUUAACAUAAAAUUGUUUUACAUUUCAGCGUUAGAAAAUUUGUUAGCCGACAUAACCUCUGAUGAAGAUGAUGAUAAUAUUACAGAAUACACAUCAAGUGAAUAUGUUGAACCUACGUCAUCGGAUGAAGGUGAGGAGGAGGAGGAGGUGGAGGAGGAAGAAAGAGAGGCAAGUGAGACGGAAGAGGAGGAUGCAGCGCAAGCGCUGAAUGCUGUAGCCGAUGUACAGUUUGUACCGGCUGAAAUGGUGGGGGUGAGCGCUGCCGAUGCACACGGAGAGGAGUUGCGGGCGGAGGAGAGCGAAGCCGUAAGGAGAGAAGCAACAGCAGCGGUGGCUGCGGCGCCUGCAGCGGUGCGUCUUCAGGUGAAUGAGGCGAUGGAGGAGGAGGAGGAAGAUGAAGCAGUAGAGAGAGCGCAGAAUGAGCACGAUACUAGAGCGGAAGAGGCUGAAGAUGUACCUGCCAAUAGGGAUUCUCAGCGCAUGGUUAAUGUUGACCACCUUCUUGCCACAUGUAUAGAGCCAACAGCUGCUGCUAAUAAUAUUCUACAGCGCUUGAUGGAACGAGCAGCUGAUGAAAGCGAGAAUAUUAUUGAGUAUGCGCAGUAUCCAUGUGUCAAAAGACGGCAACAAAUCCUCGACUUUUUGGCCCGGCCAGUAGAACCCGAAGAAAUGCGGUACACAAGAAGAAGCGCUGGAGGAUUGGUCACCGAGCAUUUUUUUAACCAGGGAAAUCCAAGAGAUCGUCAAAUUAAUGAACAACAUAAUCACUCUGACGAUUCAUCUUGUUCUUCUUCUACAACCAUUUUUCCCUUAUCUACAUCAUCUUCGAACACCAAUACUUCUGUAGAAUCGCAGGAUUACGAGGCCGAUGAAAGUGAUUUUUCUAUUCAAGUUGGUAGAGGACAAAGAAGAAGAAUUGAAAAUUUAAGCAGCAAUAAUGAUGAUUUGUCUGACUACGAACAAGAGGAUAAUCAGCCCAGUGAGGAGAAUGAGGAGGCGGAGGAGGAGAUUAGCGAGGAGGAUGAGGAGAGAAGCGAAACAGACGAUAAUAUGAAUUAUCAAGGAGUCGAUGAGGAAGGAGAUGAGGAUAUCCAGCCUCCUGGUAAUCGUUUUGAUAUUUUCCAACAAAAUUCGCAUUAUAUAUCUAAGUAUAAAAUAGAAGGUAGACGUAUUGUGCUAAAAAUAAGAUCUCCACCGAAGGAUGGAUCUAUAAAUCCGAUAGUUUGGUUGGAGUUAGUUAUUCGCGAUAAUUAUUCUUAUAUAAUUUCAUUAUGUAAUGAAAACGACAUGAUUGGCGUCUCCGUUAGAAGUUUAAAUUUUGCACGAGGCCCGGGUGAGUGAUCUUUACGAUUAGUACAUAAUUUUUUUACAAUGAUUUAUGGAAUUUAAUAAGCGGAUUAGCUCAGAGUAAUGAGGAUUUUCAAAUAGAUGAGAGCUUUAUUCUAACAUUAACACUUGUUA